ACGGCGGAACGGGCGGAGGGGAGGCGGCUGCCUGCGGAGCAUCCCUCCCCGCGAUCCGCCGCUGCGUCCCGCGGCGAUCGCGACCCACGCUGCGGCGGGGCCGGGGACCGCGCGGGUUCUCGCCUGUGCCCCGGGCACGGCCCCGCGCCGCCGCCUCGGGCGGCUGGGAGGAGUUGGAGGUAGCCCGGGGGCCGCCCGGGACAAGCCGGUGGUCCCGGGAGCGCAGUUUGUCUUCGCGAGCCCGGCCGGAGGAGGGGGACCCGGCGGCCGAGGGGAGCCCGGCAGCGGGCGGGGGUGCGGGCGGCUGGUGGCGUUAUGCUUAACACGCGUCUAUUCUUCUGUGCGCGGAGCCGGUAGCCUCCCGGGCUCCCACAGGACCUUAUCUGACACCGGAGGUUUUUCCUCUUGUCCUGACCCACUGGUGAUUUACAGCGGGUGGCAUUCAGCCCGGUUUUCCUGCGCACUUUUCCUCUCAAAACUCUGUCUGUGGGGCUGUGACCGAAAUAAAAGGCGGUUCGCAAUUUUGCGCGCAGUGAUGUUCCGUUAAAAAAUGUCACUUAAUCGUUCAGCAUCCUCAGAAUAUCAGUAGGGUUUGUUGGUUGGUUGGUUGGUUUGUUUUUGUCUGAAAUUUGGAAGUCUGGGGGGAAAAGACCUGAAAAAGGGUGAGCGUUUUAAACUUCACGCAGCGUUUGUCAUGUGAAAUCUUCAUCUGUUGAGAAAUAAUUUUGAGUAACCAGAUGGGCUUAUUUCAAAUGGGCAUCUUUUUGUCUCAAAGACGUCUGCAAAUCUCCAUUGAGAAUACCCCUGGAUGAGGUUGUCAGCUGCUGGAUGCUGGGGGGUGUCACAUAGGAGCUAUUUGCCCACAAAUUGGAACAGUCCAGCCUGUAUCCUGCUAGUGUGCAAACGGCUUGGAAACCUUGUUCUGUCCUCGAAGCUGUAUUGUCCAUCACCAUAUGGGAUAAGGACUUCCUCCGAUGCAUUUUUCCAUCCCCCAAGUAUCUCUGAAACCAACAAGACUGGGGUUAUGAAGUCAAUUCUAGAUGGCCUCGCAGAUACAACCUUCCGAACAAUCACGACAGAUCUCCUUUACGUGGGCUCCAACGAUAUCCAGUACGAAGACAUGAAAGGCGACAUGGCAUCCAAGCUGGGGUACUACCCCCAAAAGUUCCCCCUUUCUUCCUUCAGGGGUGAUCCUUUCCAAGAAAAAAUGACUGGAGGAGAUGAUUCCCUGUUGAGUAUUAUUCCCUCAGAGCAGGUCAACAUCACAGAGUUUUACAACAAGUCCCUGUCCACUUUUAAGGAUAAUGAGGAGAAUAUACAGUGCGGGGAGAACUUCAUGGAUAUGGAGUGUUUUAUGAUCCUGAACCCCAGCCAGCAGCUGGCCAUUGCUGUGCUGUCACUCACCUUGGGCACCUUCACAGUCCUAGAGAACCUCCUCGUCCUGUGUGUCAUCCUACACUCCCGAAGCCUCCGGUGUAGACCCUCCUACCAUUUCAUCGGCAGCCUGGCUGUGGCCGACCUCCUGGGCAGCGUGAUUUUUGUCUACAGUUUUGUGGAUUUCCAUGUUUUCCACCGGAAGGAUAGCCCCAAUGUCUUCUUGUUCAAACUGGGUGGAGUUACAGCCUCCUUCACCGCCUCUGUAGGUAGCCUUUUCCUCACGGCAAUAGACCGGUACAUCUCUAUACACAGGCCACUAGCUUAUAAAAGGAUUGUUACCCGACCAAAGGCUGUCGUAGCAUUUUGUGUGAUGUGGACCAUCGCUAUCGUAAUAGCCGUUCUUCCUCUGCUCGGCUGGAACUGCAAAAAGCUCAACUCUGUUUGUUCGGACAUAUUCCCUCUCAUCGAUGAGACAUACCUGAUGUUCUGGAUCGGGGUCACCAGCGUCCUCUUGUUGUUCAUUGUCUAUGCCUACAUGUACAUUCUGUGGAAGGCUCACAGCCACGCUGUUCGCAUGCUGCAGCGAGGCACGCAGAAAAGCAUAAUCAUCCAGUCGACGGAGGAUGGUAAGGUACAGAUCACUAGGCCUGAUCAAACUCGUAUGGACAUCAGGUUAGCCAAAACCUUGGUCCUUAUCCUAGUUGUUUUAAUCAUUUGCUGGGGCCCUCUCCUCGCCAUCAUGGUGUACGAUGUCUUUGGGAAAAUGAACAAGCUCAUCAAGACUAUCUUUGCCUUCUGUAGCAUGCUCUGUUUGCUGAAUUCAACAGUGAAUCCCAUCAUCUAUGCUCUGAGGAGCAAGGACUUGCGACACGCGUUCCGCAGCAUGUUCCCCACCUGCGAAGGGACGGCGCAGCCCCUGGAUAACAGCAUGGAGUCUGACUGCCAGCACAAACACGCCAACAACGCAGGGAACGUGCACAGGGCUGCCGAGAGCUGCAUUAAGAGCACAGUUAAGAUUGCCAAAGUUACGAUGUCUGUCUCCACAGACACAACUGCUGAAGCGUUGUAAGUCAGAGACUUCUUAGUGUUGUGAAAAAAAGUUUAAGUUUAAAAAAAAAAAAUUUAAAAAAUCAACAACAAAGAAAACCAAACCCAUGGCUUAACGUGUUUGUACACUCCUGUAAUAUUUUUUGGUUUGUCAUUGUAAACUGAGCGAUGAUUGUGUUAAGAGCAUUACCAUCAGCCAGUUCUUCAGGUUUUACAAUUAGGGAUUCUAGCUAAAUUUUCACAAGUUUUUCUCAAAAGGUGUUUACUGAGUAAUAAUGUUUCCUGAAAGAGGACAGAGAAAAUACCAGAUUAGCAAUCAUUCCUUUGGGGGUGUGAAGAAGAAUUGUGAAACCUAAUUGAAAAAUAACACGUCCUAAAUCAAUACCAUCAAAUAAGAAAAAAAGCCUUGUAAUCAUGCUGUUCAUUUCAAUGUGAAAUGUAUUUCAUGUCUGUAAGUAAUAGGAGUUUCUGAAUUUUUCCAAAAGCAGCAGUGCUGAGUUUAGAGGUUUUGUAAAACGUGUCAUGUCCCGUGAAUUGUGUGCUGUUUUAUUAUGUGUUAUUGAUAUUUGUCUGAUUAAACAAAGUGAUAAGGUAGAAUUCCGUGAAAAUAACGUGAAACGUGAUAUGUAAACCCCAUUGAAAACACUUACUGUAUUUGAAGAAUUCCUAUGAGACAUUUUGGAAAUUUUACACUUUUAGUGGUCUUCUGUGGACUUAGAGGAGAGGCUUUGUGUUCUUCUACUAAAAUUAUUUCCCACUACCCUUUACUUUCAUAUGCAUAUGAGACUAACAGCAACAGAGGAAUAGAGGAGGAAUGUGAGAAAGGAAUGCACUGGUUCAGACUUUUAAAUACCACUGCGUUUAUACAGAAGGAUUAUUUUUGGUUGCACAGACUACUGCCCUGCUCUUGGGCGUUGCCUGAACACAAGUACUGAAAAGCAAAGGUCCCGGAUAUUUGGCUCCUUUAAUGGGCAUCUGGUUUUAAGCCAUGUGCUGGUGUUGGACCACUGAAGACAGCAUGUGUCAGACUCAAUGUGCAAUGUUAUCACUGUGCAGUCAAUGUAUACUUGAAGUGUGUCACAUUCCUGUAUCCCAGCUCUAAGCAGAUUCAGAGCCUGAGAUGCCAAACUCUCGUCUUCACUAAAAGAGGAGGAAAUAUUGUCAGACUUAGACAUUUUCUUAUUGUGUGAGUGUGUAUAUAAAUAAAUAUCUCUGUGUGUGUACGUGUGUGUGCGCGCGUGUGUGUGUAAGUAUUCAAACCAGUGAGUCAUGGUAGCAUAGCUAAGAUAGGACACUAUGACCAAAUGUAACUGUAUUUCUUGUUGCACGCUUUGCACACGAAUUCUGUUUCUAAAAUUGAGUUCUUCCAAUUGAUUACUGGUGAAAGUACCGUAUUAAGAACAUCUUGAUCCACGCCGAAGUGUGUAUCCAUGUGCUAGAGGAAGCAGCCUUUCAGUUGCACUUGAGAAUAAAGGGAAACGAGAGGUAGAGAGCAUGGAAUGAGCCUGCACUGACAAAUGCUGUAGCUGAUGGUGUUCCUGAAGACUUGAGAAAGCCAGGAGUAAAUUGUAGUUUGUUUUAAGGUUGUGAGUUCAUUCAAAUCUGAUAGCUUUGAGGUGCAUCUUUCUGAAACCACUGACAAGGCUUGACACUACCAGGAAGAAGUUGCUGAAUGAAAAUAGUGACUCUGUUCCAUGGUGGGACCGUUUCUGCAGCCUGGGACUGUCACAAGGAACAUGCUACCAGAUAGCCUUUGCAGCAUGGAUAUUCUGUGAUUCUGUUCUGAGUUAUAAGGUCUGGGAUCCUCUACACUGCUGCCAUGGUUUUUCAGACUGUUUCUUCACCCUGCUGUCUGAUUUCUACCAAAAUAGCUGAAAACGCAGCUUAGUCCUGUAGCUGCCUGGCACUUACUGCAGCAGGGGUGACUUUCUCUGUGGCACAGAGCAAGUGGAGCCAAAUCCAGACUGCCCUGCCACCCAUCCUUGUGCUUAAGUAGGGAGAGAGAGGGGGCAACAGCCCUGGGUCUCUGGCUCCCUUAGUGCAAGCCAGAGCAGAUGGCUGAACAAACACCCACCUCCUUUCAGCCAGUGGCUCUGUGGGGGUGCACAUGGCUCCAAGUUUAGGCUUGGUGAGGGAUGGCAUUUUUUAAAGAUAGGAUUGGACCAGAUGAGGUGCUGAGCAACAGCUGGAAGAGACAGGGGUACUUUACUCCUCCACCCACCUCCCCGACAGCUUACCUGUGUGAUGGGACAGGGCACCACUGUGCUCUCAAGGGGCCUACUGCAGUCAACCAAAACCAGUGGAUUGCAGAGGAUUCCCAGAGGAUGUCAAGUCCUCCUGAAAGAUCUUUCUUAUGUCUAGGUCUAGUCCAUCCUAAAGCUGUCCUCUUGGAGGAGUGGGGGAAAGCCCAUUUGAAAUGUUAAGGGUAUUUUAAGAGCCAUUUUUGAAACUGUCUUCUUGUGAAUUAAAUGCAAACUUCGUGGAAUUUUGUUGUGCAUUCAAGUUCUAAAUUUUACGAUAAAUCAUGGGACAAUGGGGCUGUCUUGGCACUUAACUUGGUGCUUACUGAUAUAAUAAGAAAUAGCAUCCUGUGAAAUGUUAUCGUCUAUCAUCAGUAUCUUCAUUUGCAUAAUGAGUUUUUCUAAAGCUCUGGGAACUGCAUCGGUUCACUUAGAACCAUUUAUUAAAGAGUUGGCAACAAUUUCCUUACAUGUUGCACACUAAGUAGAACUAUUCUUUCUUUAGAAAAAUCUGCUGCCGUUCUGAGAUAAGCUGUAUUUACACUUCAGCUUUAGGUAUUCCUAAUUUGCAGUUGGCUACCUUCACUUAGUGAUAGCACAGCCAAACGAUACUGUGUUCCACAGCCACCCACAUCAUCAUCAUCAUCAUCAUCAUCAUCAUCAUCAUCAUCAUCACCCAUCCACCCACCACCUCUAGUUGCAGUUACGUGUGUGUGUACCAACUCCAAGUGUCAUGUAUCUACCGAGAAGAACAUCUAUGUCACACGUGUGCAGAGUUAGAUUCUCGACAGUCUAAUUGUAUAUUUGUAUGAUACAAUCUCCUCAGUGCUGUGCAAUCACUAUCCACAUCUUGCACUGGCCUUCCGAUGAAAAUUUUAGUGUGUCUGUUGUGAGAUCGACAGCGCGUUCUACCUGCUGUUAUUGGGCUGAAUGUAUGUAAAUAAGUGAUUUAAAAAAAAAAAGUCAUCUGUACAAGCAGUGGCCUAAAAAGUCUGUAAUUGUGGACUAAGAAAGUUGUUGAAGUUGCUGUGACAUCUCAAAUACUACCUUUGAAUAAACUGUUUACAGGGUCCCUUGGGAUGCUGUUUCACAGUGAAAGGAGAAUUUUUCCUGGUGAUAAUAUGAGGUAAAGAAAUCAGAUUACCUGAGAUUUUUAUUUCCAGUGUUUCGAAGUGGAGAACAUAACUCUUUAUUGUCUGUAAAUCUAACAUUAUUACUUCCUCUUAGAAAAAUAUUGUAUCAUUAGAUGUUUGUUUGAGCUGGUAACAUUCUUGCAAAUGUUGCAAUAUUUUUCAUUAGCAACUUGUAUAAUAGUUUGUACACAAGUACUGUUCAGAUUGUCAUGAAAAGUAGCUUUGACCAUUUACUUACCAGUAGCAGAAUAGUAUUUCUGUAAGAUUUCCAGUGUAUUCCUACCAUAUCAUAUUUUAUUUCUAUAAUGUAAUUAAACUGUUAUUUAUUAAUGGA